AUGACUGAUACAGACACAUCUGGAAUGAUAAAUGAAGAUACUGAGGAUCACAGAGGAACACUUGCAAUUCACAGUAAAGAGUGUCCACACACAUGUCCUCAGUGUGGAAAGAGUUUCACACACAAAGGACAUUUUAAUGUGCACAUGAGAAUUCACACUGGAGAGCGUCCGUACACAUGUCUUCAGUGCGGAAAGAGUUUCACAUACAAAGGAAAUUUUGAAGUGCACAUGAGAAUUCACACCGGAGAGCGCCCGCACACUUGUCCUCAGUGUGGAAAGAGUUAUGGACAGAAAUCCGGUCUGGAUAAUCACAUGAGAGCUCACACUGGAGAGCGUCCGUACAGGUGCAGUGAGUGCGGAAAGAGUUUUAUGAGGAAGACAUCUCAUACACUGCAUAUGAGAAUUCACACUGGUGAGCGUCCAUACACAUGUCUUCAGUGUGGAAAGAGAUUCAGAUACAAAGGAAAUUUUGAAGCGCACAUGAGAAUUCACACUGGAAAGCGUCCGUAUGUGUGCAGUGAGUGCGGAAAGAGUUUCAUAGAGAAGAGAUCUCACACACUGCACAUGAGAUUUCACACAGGAGAGCGUCCAUACACUUGUCUUCAGUGCGGAAAUGGUUUCAUACAGAAACAAAAUCUCAAAAAGCACAUGAUGAUUCACACUGGAGAGCGUCCACACACUUGUCUUCAGUGUGGUAAGAGUUACACGAGCAAAAUUAGUCUUUCAGCCCACAUGGUAAUUCACACAGGACAAAGCCCAUACACUUGUGUUCAGUGUGGAAAGAGUUACAAGAGCAAAAUUGGUCUUUCAGCCCACAUGGUAAUUCACACAGGACAAAGCCCAUACACUUGUGUUCAGUGUGGAAAGAGUUACGGACAGAAAUCCGGUCUGGAUUAUCACAUGAGAGUUCACACUGGAGAGCGGCCGUACAUAUGUAUUGAUUGUGGAAAGAGUUUCACACAGAAAUGCACUCUUAAGACCCACAUGACGAUUCACACUAAAAAAAUCCCACACGCAUGUGUUGAGUGUGGAAAACAAUUUAAAACGGAGGGAAGCCUUAAAAUUCACAUGAGACUUCAUCUUGAAGAAACCCCAGACAGCAAGAGAGCAUAUGAAAAACAUUGA